AUGCCCACCGUACACGUGUUCGAGGAGGUGUACGUGGUCACGAUCUCGACCGCCAGCGGGAUGUUGAUCAGCCCCGUGAGGAUGUUGGUGAACAACCGCAAGAUUGUGGCCGAGAGCCCGUUCAUGAACUUGAUGUACGUCUACCGUCCGGACACGAUGAGGUUCAUGAGCAAGCUGUUCCUCGAACCUACGAUCGAGCCCGAGGAGUUCGACUGCACCAUAGCUAGGUGCAUCGACUACAACAUGUACACGAUGGACCCCCAAGCCAACCUCGCGGUCCAGAUGUUACUGCGGUCCAUGAAAAAGUUCCCGAUCAAGAGUGAAGCCACGAUGGUGUCGCUGGGCGAGUCCGAGCCCCUCGUCAAGACCGAUCAUCCUGGACGCCAUCAUGUACACGCAGACGCCCAAGGCCAGGGUCGUGUUUCUGGGCAAGAACGUCGUGACGGCCUUCGUCAACCACUCGCUCAACCCCGAGGACGCGUUUUCGAUCUCGGAGGCCCUCGCGCGUAUGGGCGCAUUCGCGUGGAUGGGCUACAUCAAGUACCCGAUCCCGAUGGGAGCCGUAGUCGAGCCCGGGAUGGUGUUAUUCGACGAGCACUGAACGCGAAGGUAUACAUCUACGUCAAAGAGCUGAUGAUCGGCGACAAGUUGGCGACCCCGUACGGCCCCAAGUUCACGUGCAGGGAGCUGAUCCCGCGCGAGGAGACGGUCGAGCUGAUGGACAAGGAGACGAGCGAGAAAAAAUUCAAUAAGGAGCUCGGCAAGACCGUCUACACACGCACGGACGAGUUCAAGACCGAGCCCAAGCUUAGGAGCGCUUACAUCAUUAUCGAGGGGCAGAAGCUUGACUUCGAGGACAGCGACGGGAAGAUGAGGACGUUGAAGUGCAACUACGGGACCUCGCGCGCGUCUUUCAGCUCAGGCAUCUGCCCGUGCUCAAGCAGCACUACCCGUCCACGGCCAUCCACUCGGUCGCUGUUCGAGGGGGAGUACAUGCCCAUCUACGAGACCGAGGCCGUUGUCAGCUCCAACAAGUUCGUCGUGACCGUGUACUCGAUGUACAGGGCGAUCCCAUACUUCUACAACUGCCCCUUCCCAAAGCCGCCUACGUCCUCGGUCGCGGUCAGGUACUCGGUCACGAAGAUGAAGACGUACGCCACUGUCGGGAUGCUCAAUGACCAGUCUAAGCCUGCCAUAACGUUGAGGGUCGAUCACGAUGUUGGAGAAGUUGCUGGUCUUCAUCUCGUUCAUCUCCUAGAGCCUACCCAAGCGCCAAACACCGCGAUGAUCUUCCUACCGACAGACGCUAUGGUCUGGGCCAUCUCGUACACCCAUGCCCUCAUGCGGAACAACAUGUUCCUGAUGUCAUACAGUAUCAUGUUCAUGCUAACGUCCAUCGACACGGUCAUGAAGGCCCUUCUGAUCAUGUCCGCCCUGAUAGGCAUCUUCUUGACCAGCCUCAUCACCGCGUUCGAGAUGAUGACCUCGUUUUAG